AUGUUAAUGCACAGCUUCUUUUUGUUCACUUUUGGACUAAUUUUUACUGGAAACCCUUUUUGGAUAAAAGGUGUAUCCUCUGAACUCACAUCCAGACUUUCUACAUUAGAAAUAAUCAUUCCUCGAAGUCUGACAGGCAGAGAGAAACAUCCCCCAUUUUCUCAUGAGGAGCAUUCAGGUGACAAUCUUUCUUACUCAGUUAAAACCAGAAAUGGAACAUACCUCCUAAAGCUGAAGAAAAAUAAAAAACUUCUUAGUGACAACUUUAAACUGUACACAUAUGGGAAAAAUGGGAAACUGCAGGCAACACCAUCCAAAAAUGAGACACACUGUUAUUAUCAUGGCACUGUUGAAGGAAUUGCUGACUCCACACUUGCUCUUAGCACAUGUGAUGGCCUUAGGGGAAUUCUCUACAUUGGAGGCAAAUGGUACGGAAUGGAGCCCCUCAACACAUCCAGCACAUUUGAACAUGUGCUUUAUGAACUGGAAGAUGAGCAGGGUAUCCCCUUCCACUGUGGGGUGCUGAAUGGCAGCCUGGAGCAUGAGAUGUUCGUGAAGCCGUCUGUGAAAUUCACAUUUUCAUCAAACAGUACCUCCAGCAGGGACAGGCUCCUUAGGGAGAAGCGAGCUGUCCUGCCUCAGAAAAGCUAUGUAGAAUUAUUUGUGGUUGUGGAUCACAACAGGUUUUUGCUGAAGAAUUCUGAUCCUGCUGCAGUGCAAAAGGAAACAGUGGAGCUGAUUAAUUAUGUUGAUGGGAUGUAUAGAGCAUUAAACAUCCAGAUUGUUUUGGUUGGAUUAGAGGUUUGGACAGAUGCCAACCACAUAUCUGUAAUGGAUGGCUCAGCUGGAGAUGUGCUGAGUAGAUUUGUUUCUUGGAGGCAGAAGGAUCUUCUGAAGCGCUCAAGAAAUGACGUUGGUCACCUCAUAAUAGGGAGGAGCUCUUUUGGUGGAUCCAUUGGAAUGGCUUUUGUGGGUACUGUGUGCUCACACGUCCAGGGAGGGUCAAUCAGCACACUGAAUCAUGACAAAAUGUUACGGCACGCCACAGUAGUUGCACAUGAGCUGGGGCACAAUCUGGGAAUGAAACAUGAUGAUAAGAGGUGUCCUGCAUCCUAUAUCAUGCACAGCACAGAUAAUGGAUCCAGGAAUUUCAGCACCUGUAGCGCUGAUGAUUUUGAGGCCUUUAUUCUAAAUGGAGGAGGAAACUGCCUUAGAAAUCCUCCCAAAACAAGUAAUGUGUACAAAGAACCUGUCUGUGGUAAUAAUGUGGUCGAUAAAAAUGAAGAAUGUGACUGUGGCAAACCACAGGAAUGCUCCAACCCCUGCUGUGAUGCUGCCACCUGCAAACUCACACCUGGCUCACAAUGUGCUCAAGGACUGUGCUGCAAAAACUGCAAGUUUAAAGUGGCAGGAGCAGAGUGCAGAGCAAAACAAGAUGUGUGUGAUCUCCCUGAGUACUGCAAUGGAAGCACUGCCUACUGCCCAGAUGAUGUUUACAUCAUGAAUGGUCACCCAUGCAGCAACAGCAAGGCUUACUGCUACUAUGGAGUGUGCCAGAGCUUUGAUUCACAGUGUGAAUCUAUCUAUGGCAAAGGGGCACGGAAAGCACCUGAUAUAUGCUUUGAAAAAGCAAAUAUUAAAGGAGAUAGGUUUGGAAACUGUGGGAUGAAAGGUGGAGUGUACAAGAAAUGCCCUGUCCAGCACAGUCUGUGUGGGAAGCUGCAGUGCACAUCUGUCAGUCUUCAGAACCUCCCAGCCUGGAGCGUUGUCAAUAAUGCAUCUGGGGUUCUGUGCUGGUCCUCUGACUUUGACCUGGGAUCAGACAUCCCUGAUCCUGCCCAAGUUCAUGAUGGCACAGCCUGUGGAGAGAACAAGGCCUGUUUAGGUUUUGAAUGUCUUGAUGCAAGAUUCCUGGGCUACAGCUGUGAUGUAAAGCAGAAGUGUAAUAAUAAUGGGGGGUGUGACAACAACGGGAACUGCCACUGCAAUCCGGGAUGGGCCCCUCCGUUCUGUAACCAGUCUGGCUACGGUGGCAGUGUGGACAGUGGCCCAGCUCACACAGACACAUCACUUCGGGAUGGGCUGCUGAUUUUCUUCUUCCUGGUGCUGCCUGUAGCCAUCCUCACUGCAGUGGCAGUAUUUAAACGUGAUGCAAUAAGGAGAAAACUUUGCAGGAAAAGCAGAGGACAGCACAGGGAUAACAGUGGGCAGGAACCAAAGCAAGGCAACAGAGCAAGUCAUGAAACAGGAAAUAAUCAGCCUGCUGCAUCAAGCCACAAUAUUUUUACCACAUUGCAUUUCCCUGGUACAAGGCAGCCAGUCCAAACCCAGCUUCCUGCAGUUUCCUCAGGACCCCAGCGACCCCCAGUCCCACCUAGACCAGUUGUCUGA